AAAAUCUUUGUCCCUCUUAUCUGUAAUGCUACUGGGUGUUGGGAGUUGAGAGUGAAGCUCCUGGGUGUGGUGUGGUGUAGGUGAAGUGCAAUCUGUGUUGAUGCGUUCCACGUUUUGCUGCCACUUGAACCUUUCACCCGUCAUGAUUAUGAAGGGCUUCUCUGCUCCCAUUUCAUCAUAUGUUUCGCCUCGAGCUCAAGCCGUCACUGAGCCACCGGCGCGGAUUGGCUUUUUGGGCCUCGGAAUCAUGGGCUCCCCAAUGGCCCACAAUCUCCUUAAAGCUGGUGUUGAUCUCACUGUUUGGAAUAGGACCAAGAGCAAGUGUGACCCUCUAAUCAGCCUCGGAGCAAAAUAUAAACCAUCUCCUGAGGAAGUAGCAGCAUCUUGUGAUGUCACCUUUGCCAUGCUCGCUGAUCCUCAAAGUGCAGUGGAUGUCGCUUGCGGGAAGCAUGGGGCUGCAAAUGGAAUGGGUCCAGGGAAAGGAUAUGUGGAUGUUUCAACUGUUGAUGGGGACACUUCUAAAUUGAUUAAUGGGCACAUGAAAUCCACUGGAGCCUUAUUUUUGGAGGCUCCAGUUUCCGGAUCAAAAAAGCCAGCAGAAGAUGGGCAAUUGAUAUUUCUUACAGCAGGGGACAAAAAUCUUUAUGAAGCAGUUGGUUCUCUCUUGGACAUCAUGGGGAAAUCUAAAUUUUAUCUUGGUGAUGUUGGAAAUGGAGCUGCAAUGAAACUUGUUGUCAAUAUGAUCAUGGGCAGUAUGAUGGCAUCCUUUUCUGAAGGCUUACUUCUCAGCGAGAAAGUUGGGCUUGAUCCAGAUGUGCUAGUGCAGGUAGUUUCACAGGGUGCCAUUAGUGCUCCAAUGUACUCAACCAAAGGUCCUUCCAUGAUACAGUCGCUUUAUCCAACUGCUUUCCCUCUAAAGCAUCAGCAGAAGGAUCUAAGACUAGCCUUGGGGUUAGCAGAGUCUGUUUCCCAACCUACUCCGAUUGCAUCAGCUGCUAAUGAGUUAUAUAAAGUUGCAAAAUCCAAUGGCCUUAGUGAUCAGGAUUUUUCAGCUGUCAUUGAAGCAUUAAAAUCCAAAUUUCAGCACUCGGAAACCAAGUGACAUUCUUAUGAGAGACAAGUUGAAGUUGAAAACCGUAGUAAGCUAGGUGAUAUGAAUCAAAUAUAGACGUACAUUGUGAGGCUUGACCAUUUAAAUUCAUUCCCUGAAUUGUAGAAAUAUAUUUGAAUAUUUUUCCAAUGUUGUAAAAUUUUUGGUUAAAAAUUGUUUUCAAUGAACAUCUCGUAUAGAUGUUCUCCUCUUAACCCUUUUU